GGACUCCCUCUCCUCAGACCCUCCACUCUCCCUCUUCUCUCUCUCAAAAACCCUCCAAAAUCUGUCUCAGAUUCUCUCUUGGGUUUUCAGCUAAGAUGCUAACAGGGGACAUACCACCGAACCAAACAAUUUACAUUAAGAACCUCAACGAGAAGGUCAAGAAAGAAGAGUUGAAGAGGUCACUUUAUUGUCUGUUCUCUCAAUAUGGGAGGAUUUUGGAUGUUGUUGCUUUGAAGACGGCGAGGCUUCGAGGGCAAGCAUGGGUAGUGUUUAGUGAAGUUACGGCUGCGAGUAAUGCUGUGCGACAGAUGCAGGGUUUUCCGUUUUAUGAUAAACCUAUGCGGAUUCAAUACGCGAAAACAAAGUCUGAUUGCAUUGCAGAAGCAGAAGGAGUCUAUGAUCCAAAUGCAAAGAAGAAGAAGAAGCAAGAGGAAAAAGCUGAGAGAAAGAAACGUGCUGAAGAAGCUCAGCAAUCAGCUCCAGCUAAUGGGAAACCUGCUGAAAGUAAUGGGGGCCCAACUUCUUUCCGCCAAGGAAACCAGAGUGCACAGGAAACCGUUCCACCAAAUAAUAUAUUGUUUAUUCAAAACUUGCCCCAUGAAACCACUAGCAUGAUGUUGCAAGUGCUCUUCCAGCAAUACCCAGGAUUUAGGGAAGUCCGAAUGAUUGAGGCAAAGCCAGGUAUUGCAUUUGUGGAAUUUGAAGAUGAUGUGCAAUCCUCCAUGGCCAUGCAGGCCCUUCAAGGUUUCAAAAUUACUCCCCAGAACCCUAUGGCUAUUACUUACGCCAAGAAGUAACCAACCCUUGUUUUAAAGCUAGUUCCUUUUUCACUUCUUGCCUCAAAUGUUUCCCUUGGAUAUGAUGAUCGAAGAGUUCUAUGCAUACGGUAACCAUGUAGAUUCUCGAUAACUAAUUGUCGAAUUUCAUUUCCAAUUUGUUUGAUGUUCAAUAUCACAAUUUGAAGUAAUGCAAUGAGAAGAUCUGAAUAUGCUUUUCCAAGCGAAUCUCCGUGAAGUAUUU